AAAAACAAAACAGCCACAGCAACAAUCAAAUUUUUCUAGGGUUUUUGAUCCGCCUCCCUUUUGAUAUCUGCAUUUUCUCGCCGUCCCCUGGUUCGUUCGAUUUUCUUAUUGAUUUCCAUCUAGAGGUUUCGGGGGAGGUCGAAAGCCGUUGGCUUAUAGUUCGAAGAGAACGCCCAACAAUUUUUCAUAUUUGAAGAACUGAAUGAUCUAAUGGAGUCUAAAGGUGGUAAAAAGAAUUCUAGUAGUAGUAAAUCCUUAUUCUAUGAAGCACCUCUUGGAUACAGCAUCGAAGACAUCCGACCCAACGGUGGAAUCAAGAAGUUCAGAUCUGCUGCUUACUCCAACUGCGCUCGCAAACCAUCUAUGGCCAUGGCGGUCUCUGCAAUUGGAUUUGAAGGUUUCGAAAAGAGGCUAGAAAUAUCAUUUUUUGAACCGAGCAUCUUCGUUGAUCCUGAAGGAAGGGGUCUUCGAUCUCUGGCCAAAGCUCAGAUAGAUGCCCUUCUUGACGAAGCUGAAUGCACUAUCGUCUCUUCAUUGUCAAAUGAUCAUGUGGACUCCUAUGUUCUUUCUGAGUCAAGCCUCUUUAUUUAUCCGUACAAGAUGAUCAUCAAAACUUGUGGGACAACCAAGUUGCUCCUUGUGAUCCCGCCUCUCCUGAAGUUGGCUGAAACCAUUUCCCUUGCUGUGAGAGCUGUGAAGUACACUCGCGGAAGUUUCAUUUUUCCAGGGGCACAGUCAUACCCUCAUCGUAACUUCUCAGAAGAAGUUUCUGUCCUUGACGGCUACUUUGGAAAGCUUGGUUCAGGAAGCAGGGCGUAUGUGAUGGGCCGGUCAGAUGGACCUCAGAAAUGGCAUGUGUAUUCUGCUUCUGCUGAAUCAGGAAGCUUAGCUGACCCUGUUUACACUCUAGAAAUGUGCAUGACUGGUUUGGACAGGGAGAAGGCUUCUGUGUUCUACAAAUCCCAAUCAAGCUCUGCAGCUGCAAUGACAAACGAUUCUGGUAUCCGAAAGAUCCUUCCAGAUUCUGAUAUUUGCGAUUUCGAGUUUGACCCCUGUGGUUAUUCCAUGAAUUCCAUUGAAGGAGCUGCAAUUUCAACCAUUCAUGUUACACCCGAAGAUGGUUUCAGUUAUGCAAGUUUUGAAACAGCUGGAUAUGAUCUGAAAGAUGUGAAUAUCAACCAGUUGGUUGAGAGGGUCCUGGCUUGUUUCCAACCGAGGGAGUUCUCCAUUGCUGUGCACGCUGAUGUUGCUACCAAGUCACUCCAGCAACUAUCUUCAGUGGAUUUGAAGGGAUACUGUCGCGAAGAGAGCACCCACGAAGAGCUUGGAAUGGGUGGUUCAAUUGUCUACAAUAGGUUCCUCAAGACCGAGCGCUGUGGUUCUCCUAGAUCAACUCUUAAAGGCUGCUGGAGAGAUGAAGAAGAGGAAGAAGAUUAAGUACAAUAAAGUUAUUAUGGUCGGCAUUUUCUGAUUACGAAUAAUAAAUUACCGUUAUCAGCAAUGGCCUGAUAAUGGUAAAAACCUGAGCAUGUCUAAAAAUUGUCUUCAAUUACUUUUAUUGUUGCUGCAGUUUUUCUAUUCAUGUUAAAGUGUUGUUUCUCUUGAUACAGCACAAGCCUUUGGUGGGCUCUAGUUAUUGUUUGUUUGAUUCAGACAUCUGUUAUUAACCAUCCUUGGUUAUGUUUAGCUAUUUAUUCUGAUUAUUAUGAUGAUGGGUUUCUGUCCCCUUGGCAAUUCAUACAUUUA